GGCGAAGUGCUUUGACGGUAUCGAAAUGCCGAUCCUGAAAAGGACUUACUUCAAGCAACGCAAUAUCCAAAUUGCGGAAAGGCAGUUUCAGAGGUACAUUCGCGUGCGGAAAAAAAAUGAAGCAUCGACCAAGGCUGGGACUUAUUAUCCUGGCGUCCCGCCCGUAGAUAUCAACAAAUUUCAAGCUGGAUCACUGAAAGGAGGCAAAUAUGUUCGGAUCACUUCACCGACCCCCAGUGGUGAAGUGAGAGGCUUGAAGCGCAAACGCGAUGAUCCCCGGAGCAGUUCCGGACGUCAUCCCUCUCAGAAGGUGUACCGUCCGAGUCAUGCGCGAAUGACGGUCUCUCGGGAAAUUCUGGAUCUUGUCUGGCGCACCUCUCGCGUCGAUGAUGAUGACGAGGAUUCCAGCGAUAGCGACGGUGACGAUUACCGGCCAGCAAAGCGUCAGCGGAUCGCGGUCAAGUCUCAUCCGAAGAAGCGUGCUUCGACGAACGAUGCCUCAAGUCUACCUGGGAAGCGGAGGCAGUCCGCUCAGCGCGGAAUGCAAGUCGCAGCUCGCGGCUGUCACAGCUGCCGAACGAAUCGCGUCCUUCAGCAAAUGCAUUGUAAUUCAUGCGAAAUCGUCUACUGCGAAUCAUGCGUCACCAACCGAUACGACCAGAAAUUCCAGGUAGAUGGGACAUGGACAUGCCCCGUAUGCCUCGAUUACUGCAGUUGUGACAAGUGCAUGGACAGACGCGGGACACGUACUCGCUUCAAGAACAUGUUCUCCGCUCAAGGAUUCAGCAACGCUAGCACUCUGAUGAAGAGGACUGGGAAGAGCCUUCAAACUUGGCUUCGCCAAAAUGGUUUCGCUGCCGAAGGAGGCCCAGCCCCGGCAAAUCACAGCCCAACCCUACGUGGUCUGCCUGUUCGCUCCAAGGAGAAGAAUGAUGCCGAAGCGCAAAGCGCAGAUGAAGAGAGCGAAGACGAGGAAGAGACUCUCAACGACACAAGACUUGUCCUGUCCAGCCCAGAGUCGACACCUGAGCUGGAAGAAGAAAAGAUCCAUCCGAUCCCCGCACCAAUGGAAUCAUAUAUGCCCAAUGAUGAACACACAGUUGAGCCCUUGUUCCUCCCGGACACGCCGGCAGCAGAACACUCUGUCCUUCCUUUGGGCAUACAAGGCAGCCCCAUCGAUGACAAAUGUUCGGGUAGACACACAUCACAGGACAGCGCCGAAUUGAUCACUCCUGGCGCCGGCUCAUCAUCCAGGGUUCCGGUGCUCGACCCUAGUUCUCCCCUCGACGUGAAGGUUGCCGUUAGUGAACCAGUUCUCGUACCCGACUACUUGCAAGACCCCGUGGACCCAUUCUGGACCGAAUACUCAUCUUUCGAUAUGGACGUGGAGAACAUUCCAAAUUUCAGUCAAAUGAAUGAGUCACCGCCACCAGCAUCUCUUGACGACUUUGCAAUAGAAGAUUACAUCAGCGCCGAGGUGCGCGAUUUGUGGUAGACCAUCGGCAAUUCCGACGAAAGGACCCAACGGGCCGACGACUCUCUGCGCCAAUGAAGAGGACUCUCAAGUACAACAUCACUGCAUCAUCUCCGCCAAGCGCCUAUGGUAGUCGUUACCUUCCCAGAGCAACAAUAUUCUCUUGCAUAACUUCACGAUUUCACAAUAGCUCCUCGCCGUUCACAGUAUGUUUGUUCCGGCUUGGUGCUCAUCUGCAGAUGAUCUACAUUCAGAUCACACAGCGUGUAGCAAUGUGCAUGGUGUCCCAACACACCCGUCUCGUCUCUGCAGUAAAUUCUUUCCAUCUCAUUUUUCUUCUACCGUAAUAUCUGUAGUUUCUUCCA